AUGAGCUCGAGGUCGGAGCAGCUGGGAAUCGACAAGGCCUACCUGCUGAGACGGAUUGCCUCUCUUGAGAGGGGGGCCUCUGCAUCCCCUCGAGACAGGAGGGAGGUGGACGAAGCCCAGGUCCUGGUGGAGUCCCACGCCGCCCCCACCCUGGACCUGCACCAGCUCUCUGGAAAGUGGCGCAUGCUGUACACCACCGCCCGCGACGUCAUCCCCCUGGUGCGCGCCAACACGCUGCCCUCCUUCCUGCCCCAGCCCUUGCGCGUGGGCCCCAUCUUUCAGGAGUUUGAUGAUCGGGGCGGCGUGCGCAACGUCAUAGAGGCCGAGGCCCUGCUGCCGCCCGGCAGGGGCACGCGCCUGACCUUCCAGGUGGAGGCCCGCUACCAGCGCCGCGGACCACGCUCCCUGGGCCUGCGCUUCGUGGCCGCCGGGGUCCCGCACCUGGAGCCCAGCGCCUCCCUGCGCGCCUUCCUGGCCCCGGCGCUGGCGCCGCGCGGCUGGUGGACCCACCGCCUCCUCCUCGCAGCGCAGCAGGCACACAUCAGGGUGCCGCUCGUGCCGCCGCCGAUCCUGGAUGCCUUCUCAGCGCAGCAGGGCGAGUACCUGCUGAGCUACCUGGACGACACCAUGCUCAUCGGGCGCACCAAGGCAGGAGGCGGCACCUUCAUCUUCUCCCGCGAGCCUGAUAUCGGCGACCGCCUGCUGGAGCAGGAGAGCAGGAGCCUGGGACCCAUCAGCCAGCGAUGA